AUGCAAAUCUUUGUUAAAACUCUUACUGGAAAGACGAUAACUCUUGAGGUUGAGUCUUCAGACACUAUAAAUCAAGUAAAAGCAAAAAUCCAAGAUAAAGAAGGAAUUCCCCCAGACCAGCAACGUCUUAUUUUCGCUGGUAAACAACUUGAGGAUGGUCACACCCUCUCCGAUUACAACAUUCAGAAAGAAUCUACCCUUCACCUUGUUCUUCGACUUCGCGGAGGUAUGCAAAUAUUCGUAAAAACACUCACCGGUAGCACCAUCAUCCUGGAAGUAGAGAGUUCAGAUACAAUUGAUCAAGUCAAAGCGAAAAUUCAUGAUAAAGAAGGUAUACCACCUGAUCAACAACGUUUGAUUUUCGCUGGUCAACAGUUAGAAGAUGGUCGUACCCUCGCUGAUUAUAAAAUUCGUAAGCCAACCCUUCAUUUUGUUCUCCGUUUACGUGGCGGUCAAUAA